AUGGCGGAUAUUAUUAUAUCUGUAGCUUCCAAGGUGGCGGAGUACCUGGUGGCUCCAGUCGGUCGUCACUGCGGCUACGUGAUAUUCUCUAACAGCUAUAUUCACCAACUUAACGAUGAAGUUGAGAAGCUGAAUGAUGCCAGGAUCGGGAUCCAGCGUUCCAUCGAUGAUGCUCAAAACAACAUGAAGGAGAUAAAACACGAAGUUGACAGAUGGAAGAAUAAUGCAGAGACCGUCGCCGACAAGGCGCGUCGCAUGCUGGAUGAUGAUAGAAGAGCCAACAGAACUCACUUCUGCGGGUGGCUUCCCAACCCAAAGGAGCGUUAUUGUCACGGCAGGGACGCAAGGAAGACAGUCCAGGCCAUCAAAGCACUCAUUCCUCAGGGUAAAUUCGAGAGGGUCUACUACGAGAGUGCUCCGCCAGGGCAUGUCGCUAGCCCUCCCGAGGUGAAUUCCUCUACCAGUGAUCGGGGUGACACUAUCACCGAUUCACGAGCUUCCUUCUUUGAGGGCAUAAUGAAUGCUCUGGAUGAUGAGAAGCUCAAAGUGAUUGGGAUCUACGGGCCCGGCGGCGUGGGGAAGACUACGCUCUUGGAGGAAACUCAAGACUUGAAGAAAAUCCAAGAUGACGUUGCUUACGCCUUGAGUCUGGAUCUGAAGAACGAGCCAAGCGAAGUUGGAAGAAGAGAUCUUCUGUUUCGGAAAUUACAGAGCGAUCCGACAAAGAAGGUUCUCAUAAUAUUGGACGAUCUGUGGGGGCCACUUGAUUUGAAGGCGGUUGGAAUUCCUGCGGGAGACCAGAGCAGGGGAUGCAAGUUGCUGCUAGCAUCAAGAUUUAAAGAUGUGUUGGAGCAAAAGAUGCAUGCGGAUAAAACAUUUCGUCUCGAAGGUUUAAACAACGAGGAAGCUUUCAGGCUAUUUGAAACGAUAGUCGGCGACAAGCUCAAAGACGAGGAAUUGAAAGCAAUAGCAGCUCAAGUGGUCGAGAAGCUCCUAGGUUUGCCUCUUUUAAUUAUCUCCGUCGCAAGCACUUUGAAAUACAGCCGUGUGUCCGCAUGGAAAAACGCAUUGAUAAAAAUAGAUGAGCCAAAAAUAGAAACUAUAGUGAAGUUGAGUUGUGACCAUUUGGAGAGUAAGGAAGCGAAGUGCUUAUUCCUUCUUUGUGGUCUUAUUGGCGGGACCAUUAAAGUCGAACUUCUGCUGGGACUAGGCAUGGGGUUGGGCUUGUUUGAGGGAUUCAAUGACACGAUAGAAGAUUCAAGGGAUAGAUUGAAUACUAUGCUUGAUAGCCUCCGUUCUGUUUGUUUGUUGAAGGAUGAUGGUGAUGACAUGGAAAAUGUGACCAUAUAUGAUAUUUAUAAUCCAGAUGAGGAGACUGAGGAAGAGGAAUCUGGUGAGGAGAACCCUGAUGUGAAACCCAGGGAGGAGAAAGAUUUUGAAGAAGAAGAUGAUUUAGAGAAUGAUCUUGAGUACGACCCGGAUGAGGACUAA